AUGGCCGGAGCUUAUCCCGGUUUCAUCAGCAUGAAGCACGUAGGAGUGUUGCUACAGAACUCCCCACUGGACGGGAUGCUAGUCCACGCAGGGUUACCCCCCAGCAAUAUGUCACCAGUACCCAUUAUACACUUGGGCUGAAGAGAGACAUAGUGGAGUAAAGUUUCUUGUCUAUUAAAGGGAACAACGCGACAGGCAAGGCUUGAACCCCCAGACCUCCAGAUCUGGAGUUCGAGAUGUUAACCACUCGGCCACAGACGUCUCCACCUUAUUCAGUUAGCUUGCUUGCAAUGAAAUCCCUUCCUGGAUCUCAGAGGAUGGUCUCAUUACCCCUUAUUGUAAUUUUCUCAACAUUUUUGUAAAUAAAAAGGCCUUGAGCAUUAUGAACUGUUUUGUGUGUGUGUGUGUGUGUGUGUGUGUGUGGUAAAAUUUCAUGCCUCACAGAUGUCUGAUCAUUAUAGGAGAAAAACUUGUCUUAUUUUCUGUUAGGUAUUGUCUUCCAGUUUUAGUACAAUCCAUGUUGAACCCUCUAAAAGUGAAGAAGAAAUAAACACUAGAAUUGAGAAGCAUGCCUAUGGGAAAACUGGUUUGGAGAAGAGGAACAAGGAAGCAGAUGGAUUGUUUUAUCUGAAGACAGUAUAUUUACCUGAUCAACUUGAGAAAAACCUUAAACAGUUUUUAAAAAGUAAGUGUACAAAUGUAUAUAAUGUAUAAAGUAAAAUAACUCUUGAGUUAAACCUGAAUUUCCUUUCGUGUGAUCUCCUAUGAAUUGCUAGAGCAAAGAAAGAAAGGAAAAUCUGAAUCAAACUUGGUUAAAUACUGGUUAUUUAAUCUGGGAGUUUUUUUGUUUUGCUUAUUGGAAAUACAACUAUAAGGAGCCAUCAAAGCGUCAAGUUUCUUUUGUGUUGUUGAUUUUUUUUCUAACAAUAAACAGGUAUUAUAAAUGUUCAAAAAAGACAGCUUUUUUAUUAGGAUUUUUAAUUUAAAGUAGAUAGUACUUAAAUUUAAGUUGCAUUCGACUAAUUUCUGUUUUUGAAUGUCCUUGGUAAAAAUUGAGUGGACUGAACUGUUUUGCUUUGUGUUCCAAUUUUGCCCAAAGAGGGAGAUAGAGUGAACCUUAUGUGCUACCAACAUAAACUCAGUUUAUUUUGCAUUUUCUUCCAGAAUUCCCAAAAAAGCUGGUUGAAAAUGAUGGUAGAAAACUUGCCAGGCAUAUUAAAAACAGAGGUCGUCCAACUGAGCAAACAUGGCAGAAAUACAGAGAAUCUAAAAGGCGUAGAGAAGUAUUAGCAGGUAAUCUGAAGUUGAAUAUGAAGUUAGAAGUAUUCUUCUCAAGCCUAAAGUAAACAUUUGGAGAGGUUGUACCAAAAAUGCUGUUUGAAGCCAGUGGAGUUAUUUUUUUGGUCUCUUUCAAUCAUUUGUCUGAAAGUUCAAAAAUUAAUUACAGCCAGUUUUCUCUAUUAAGAUGGACACCUGUGGGACCGGCACUGACUGUCUGUCUUAAAGAGGUAUCUGAUUUAUAGAGAGUCAAGGUGACGUGACACCAGUAAUAAAAAAUAUAGCUGAUAUAUAGCUGAACCCAUUCACAAUGGUUACACACCUGUUUUACUUAUGCAAAACAGUGAGAACUGGAACAUCAUUUUUCUCAUUCAGUUUGCUUCCCUAACUAAUUAGGCAUUGUACAAGCUGGAACUUUACAACGUUCUGAUGUGACGCCUACAGUAACUUUACAUGUAACUCAAAAUGUCACAUUUACAUACGGUGUUAAUGGCUUAAUCCUCAAGUGGGCAAGAUUAAAUGAAUCCUGUGUUCUGACUGGCUACCCGAGUGGGCAAGAUGCUUACAAUUUCCUGCGUCAGUCCCACAACAAAAGUUUCUCUUUUUGGCUGUUAUUUAAAUCCUUCAUUGACCAGGUUAUUCAUUCUUUCUGCAUAUUGGCCUUAUCUUCAUCUCGUUCAUAAAAAUGCAAAAAGGAACUUUGUCAAUAAAUGUAUGUACACUGUCCUAAUGAAUGUACAGUGCCCAUCUUGACCAAAUAAGAUUGGUCAAUAACAUGUAUUUAAUAUAUUAUUUUAUUAAUUAUUGUUUUUAAUCUUGAUGUUUAUACAGAAAGUGAAGUUAAUCCAGAAGACAUUUUAAAGUUGGAAAGUCAGGAAAGAGAAAGUGUAUUAUUUGAUGAACAAAUUGAAGAUAUUAGUGAGGAUGACGAGAACGAACUUUAUGAAGACUAUGAAUCAAUCAACUUAAGUGAUGGAAACACGCAGGGUGAUGACAGUGAGAGGGUUGAUGAUGAAGAUGGAAUCGAAACAGACGACAUUAUGGCUAAAGAGUCUGAUAACAGUGUAUUAAAUGUGACAAGUUCAAAAGUCAAGAAUACAAAGAAGCCAAAGAGAGCUGAAUACAAAGUAAUAAGGUAGGGUUUAUAUACCAUGUGCUGCCCGCCAAAAAGGAGCAUGGAUUAAAAUAGCCUUUGUCACUGAUUUAAUCUAACCCCGUUAGUCAGGGGCACCCAACGAGAAUAUAGUUCAAAACCACUUAAAAAUAGCAUUGUUUUAAAGUGCUACUGAAACGAAAAUUCAAAGUGGCUUUUUUUUACUUAAAAUACUUUUUCAUUCCAAGAAGGUCACUAAUAACUAAAAAUAAUGCUACUUUACGUCCAAGAAGUCGCCGUGAUCGGCGCUUGAAGUGUGAUACCAAAGAGGGACAAAAUCUGAAAACGGAGUCUGCGAACUAGUCAGCGGAUAACCACACUAUUGACGUCACAUGGUUGAGUCGCAAAGCGAAAGGUUGCCAUUGCUGAUAUAAUCCACUGUUGAGUUCGCACUGUAAACUUCUAGUUUUUUUUUACGGUCUACAUUUGGAAAAUGUCUACUUCAGGCGAUUCAGAUUGAACACAAGCUCUAGGAGUGUUUCUGAAGAAGUGGAGAGCGAAAUCGAGGGACGAUUUUGGCGUAGUUGGCGGCCCUCGUGGAGCCAUAUCAUUUUCGAGCCUAUUGCCCCGGAAGACUAUGAAGAGCCGAGGAAGAAGAAGGCGAAGACGGUUUAACUCCGGCUAUAUUAGAGGCUAGAUCUGAAAAUCAGAUAACCCUUGAUACAUGGUAAGUAAGAUAUGUAACGAUAACACUUCAGGCGGUUUAAUUUAGUUUUCUACGAUCUUCAUGCAUACAACAAUAAUUGUUAUAUGCAUGAAGUCCUCUUUGUUUACGGUUUGUUGUACACUAAGUAACUAUAGUAACUUACGUGUUUUUCUUCUAAAUUCUGCUAAUUUUUUUGUAGGUGUGAAUGCGGAAACUGCAGUACUGAACUUUUGUCCAAUGCCUUGGAGUUCCGUUGUUGCAAGGAGGUCGCCGCAGCCAUGGCAAAACUUACCUUUGAGGGAAUAGAAGGAAGUUGCGUUCUCGACCACACAGACUUGACGCGCGCUAACAAAUGCGACUGUACUCGAGCAAGUUUGCCCUCUUUUGAAGGACAGGAAGGGUCGCAGCUACAAAUUUCCUAGCCAAGGAACUCAAAAUGCUAAGAAUGAGUAAGUAUUUGUGCUUCUGUUCAAUAGCACCUAAGUUCAUUCUUACCACAUUCACUCUAUGUUUAACCUGAGUUGAUGUCUGGAUGCAGCUGCUGGAUGGUGAACUGUCAGAAUCGAAAAAAAAAUUAAAUAAAACCUACAAAGGAAUUUCUAAGGAAUCUUCCACUAUUUUGCGUUACGAAGAGUUAUCCCUCGUUAAACUACAGUCUGCAAUGUUUGCAGGUGUGAAAUCUCUUCAGAGGAAUUAAGAAAAAUGCAACUGACAUGUCAGUCAGAAUAAAAUAAUAAGACUGUUACAUGAGUGAAUGGUGUGAUGAUGCCUAGCUAAAGUUAACAUAAAGCAAUAUUUUUGGUUAGUGAGAAUGUAGGAUUUUAGAGCAAGCCAUAGAAAAGUGCUUUUUGUUAUAAAUAUGUAAUAAAUAUUUUUCCCCCAGGAGCUAUCGUGCCACUGCAUACCGCUUUUUAGUGCGAUGGAUAUUUGGACCCCUUGGAUGGAAUAACAGUAGACCACUUCCAGCAUGUGUCUACCACAAAAUCAGGCAAAAGUUCCAGACUGCCUCCACCAGAGGUUACAGUUCCGCAGAACGUAGGCAAGGUGAAGCCAGUGCAAGAUAGCUCAUGUGAGCACACAAACAACGGCUCUUUUAGGAGCCACCAACUUUAUAAAAGCUAUGACCUAAAUGAUUCACACUUCUUGAUCUUAAUUUACUCUCAAACUCAGAAAACACUGUGAACACUUGAACACUUGACUUCAGAAAUGUUUAUUGUAUGUUGUGACCAGUCACAACAAAGGUCAGGACAUGCGAGCAAGCCUCAAAGCCUUGAACCAAUUACUGCUGUUUCGCCGGUUUAGUUUUCCACAUACCAGAAAUGUUUCUAUUGAUCUCUGUUUUCUCAGUGUCACAGUAAAUAUUAUCAUUAUUAUUAUUAUGACAGUAUACUUUCAAGACAAGCCUUGUAUUGUUUGGCAACAUUUCACUAACUUAUUAGGCCAUGGGCUUAUUUUCUGCCUAACUUUAUUAUGUCAAAUGGACAAUCUGAUUCAGCAAACAUGCUAUGGCAAUGGGUGGCAUCAAAAUAGGCAGCUUUAAACAAUCUGUAAGAGUUCACUGGGUGCCCAUUAGGAGUUUUAAUGCAGUAAGUUCAGCUAAUCCCUAGCAAUAACAUCACCCUAGAUUUUCAUCUUAGUCAACAAAAUGGUGAAAAAAUACAGGUUGGGGCAUAUUUUGGCAAUAGCUCUACACCAUCCUGUAAUAUUGUGAAAGAGAAAAAUUAAUAAUAAAAGAAUUAAGCUAUACUGGAAGAGUCCUAUUUGUCAUUGGUAUGUAGUAAAACUAUUCUGUCUGCCAUUUUUGUUGAGUGAUAAACUAUUCUUUAAGAUUUAUUGUCAAAAGUUCCUUUUGAUAUGCAAUAUUUUGUACACACACUAGCGUAAAUGCUUUAAGUGUUACUGGCACCAGCGCAGCCAACUCUGGAGUGGUUUUUCAUCGGCUUCUUGCACUUUCUACACACUGGAGCCUUUCGCUUCUUCCUGACAGGCUGCUGGUCAGCACUACUGCAUGAUGCCUGAAGUACAUCUUGAACUUCAACUGCAAGCAAAACCAUUCAUUAAAAGUAAAUAUAGAGAGAGCACACACACAUCUUGUGGAAUUGUUGUGGGCAGGAGGAGCAUAUAUUUAUUAUAAUAAAGGUAAUGACAAAUAGUAAAACCAUUAGUUACAUACAGUUUAUAAACAAUUAUUGGAUGAGGUUUUUGUGAUAUUCGGAUAUCACAAAAACCGAAUCUAAUAAUUGUUUUAUUAUCCUUUAUCUUCAAGUAAUUUCUCAAUUUCUUGCUGGAUCAAUGAAGCGAAUCGAGAAGCCAUUCUUACUUCGCUGUCCAUGAACUUGACAUUGCUCUCCGUGCACUUGACAUUGCUCUUGGAAAUCAUGCAUUGCGAGUGCAACCUACAGAUUAUUCACUAAUCUGUAGGUACAGAUUAGUGAAUCAUCUGUAGGUUGCACUGUUUCCCAGAAUUAACUGUGGGCUUUUAGCCAAUGAGAAGACAGAUGGUGACUACAAUGUACAAUAAUUAUAAAAACUGGCCUUACAAGCCUUAUUCAAGAAACUUGAGUGGAUAAUAUUUUUUCUAGUAAUUAAUCACAUAACCUCACCUGAAGGGUAUGCCGCUGUUUCUUUCUGUUUUCUCUUAUUGUAGUUUUCCACUGCCUCUGCUCUACGUCUCUCGGUGAACUGUGAGUUCAAAGGUGCUGGGGUUUUUGUUUUGUAUUUCAAGAGGAUAGCAUUCCUCUCAGCCAGGCGCAUGCUGAACACCAGUUCUCCCACCUCAUCCACAUAUUCUGGUAAAAGAGGGGACUGUUAGGAAAGUGCUUAAUGCCCACAGAAGUGGUAAACUGGGUUUUCAGUCCUCCACCAUUUCCCCAUAAUUUUUCUGCUAGGUUUUUCUGUGUAACAGCCAGACACCCACCCCUGCAUUUUUUUCCCUUGAACUAUUGGUAGGACCCUGUAAGAGCCAUUCAUCUUCCAUAAAUCAUGGUUGGGAACCACCACUGUGGCUACACUGAAAGUUCUAAAAAAUAACCAUACUUACUGUAUGUAGGAGGGACUCUGAUUUCUCGCACAACUUCUUCUCCAAACUUGUAUUUAGGGUAUGUCACUAAAAGGUACUCCUUUCCGUCUUUUGUCUUUUGCGGUUCCCUCAACAAAUUCUCAUUGAAAUGCAGACUGGCUAAGAUGUGCCUAAAGCAAAAACACAACAAUAAAGGUUUGAUUUAACUGACUUGUCAGCCACUUUCACCUAAGCUAAUGAUUUAGUUUUUGUUUUGGACGAAAUGUUUGGAGCAAUUAUUAAGGGGGUAUGGUUAGAAAAGAUUCCUCUUGUAAAAAUUCUCUAGUGUUGGUAGAUGACAUCCACCUCUGACGUCCAAUAUAACAAUUUACACACCCUACCUGCAGUAUGUGCCAAGCCAUGAGAAACAUAUCAUCUUAGGAUGGAACUGAUUCAGCGUAGAGUGAAAACCCUCCAAGCAACUUGUUUGGUCCUCACUAGACAACUUUUUUAUAUCAUUAAGGAGCCUUGUAUUCAUCAAAAUUUGUUUCAUCUUGUUAUAGACAUUUGUGCCUGAAAUACAUUAACCAAUACAUUAGUUUCUCUUUUUUUAAGACAAAAAGGUUGCUUCUGACAUGUAUUAUUAAUUGUUGUUUCAGGAAAUUUUUUACACCCUUUACAAACAGGUCAUCAAAAAUUCUAAACAUAAAAAGAAUCCUCUAAAGCCAAGUAUUAAAAAAGCAAUUCAAGACCUAGACUUGGACUCUAAGAGGGGUAGGGAGCAUUUUCAAACUAAAACACCUUUAAAACACAUUUAUAAACCACCUUGUUGAAAUAAACUGAACUGAAACAGGUGAUACAUAUUACCAGCUUUAAAGAGUUAAAUUAACUGGUGGUUGGAACUGCUUGAAAAUGUGUUCCCACAAAAACUCACCUUUUUUUAGCCAAUAUCGUCUUGAUAGAGGUCCAUGGACACACUGUUUAAACAGAGGCUCAGGGUGUUGAGUAUGUUUAUUACAAACAUGCCUAAUAAUGGACUUCCACUUUGCUAAAAUCAGCUCACCAAAUCCAAGCUUGGUGGAAGUAGCACACCAAUGCAAAUGAUUCUUUAUGGCCUUUUGCCACUUCACAAGGAGUUCACAGCCACUUUCUUUUCCAACUUGAAGUAACUUCUUUGUUACUGAUUUGGCAACAUGCCAGAUAUCAAAAAAGUGUCUGGUUGCUGGCUCAUGCUCCCUAAUCCAUUUGGCAAUUGAACGGUGCCUGUCUGAUAUGAACACAUGAAUUUUUAACCCUGCUGCUUUUAGGAAGGCAAAACUGUCUUGGGCACCCUUUAACUCCAUGUCACUGCUGCUCUUUACUUGGUUUGCCUAACAUUAAAAAAAUAUACAUUUAUCACUCAAAGAUAAUAUUUCCUACAAUUUUUGUGUAGUAGUGGCAGAUUUUCCCAUUCAGCAAAAGUUUUAAUCAAUAAUUAUAUCAGGCUAUUAACGAGUCUUAUGUGGUCCGUCACACAUGGAUCUAGGUGUCAAGAAAUACCAGAUUUUUAUUUCUAUAGGGGCCAGGAAGACAGGUUGGUUGUUUUUCUUAUCUAUAUUUGUAGAUAUAAAUGAAAAUAUACCUGAACCAGCUCAAAAUGUACAAUCUUAGCAACUGCACAACAGAACAUUGUGUACGCUCCAUAUUUUGCAGAGUGUCCCAUGGAGUCAAAUCUGCCAUCUCCGCACCAAAUUGCCUCUCCCUUUUCUUUAAUCUGAUUCACCAGUUUGGACCUGUAUCGUUCCCAGUAGGUCAGAAUGGCUGGGAAUAAAAACUUGCUCUGGUGGACAAAGUAAGUACGUGCAUUGUAUACAGAAAUGCCCAUGUGUUUUAGAACCAGGAGCACUUUACUAACAGUUGCCCCUGCCAUUAGAAUUCCAAAGCUUAGCAGGAUAUUCCCUGCUGGGUAUCGCCCAAGCACCAUUGGCUGUGACCUCCACAGAAAUGAGUUAGGACCACAAUUUCUGCAAUUCUGCAUCACUGUUACCAUGGUGCCAUUCUUUUUCAUGGUGACGUCUGGCCCUUCACUCUUGCAUUUAAAACAAAAAAUCGAGAAUAUAGCCAGUAGCCUUGUAUAGAACACAAUAAAUUUGGGUUCCUUCUGGCAAGGGAUGUCUUCGUCAACACUACAAAAUAUAAUCCAAAUAUAGGCCGUGUUAAUUAAUUUUCUAGUCUACAAUAUUUUACAGCUGCCAAAAUUUAAUCAUGCAAUGCUCAGGAGAGUUUAGCAAAAAACACAUGCCAGCUGCAAAGGAGACUGAAGAAUUUACUGGUUAUAGGGAUUAGCACUUGGCAUUUGUAAUUUCAAAUAAUUUGAAACAGUUUGCAAAUUGAGCCAUUUAAACAAAAAAGGAGUGAUUAACUAAUUAGGCCAACUUUAGGCUCUCGGCAGUCCUCUCUGUACAUUUCCACCCAAAAAAGUAUCAUGUGAGUUGACCUACAGGAGGGUUACUUUUCCUUAGCAACAGCCCUGAAAUUAUUGACCAGUAUUUUGCAGAAUUUACUUUGGAUGUUAUAAAAAUACAAAUACUGCAAUAAAUUAGGCAGUAAUAAUAAUUGUUAAAUGUAAGAGCAAGGGAUAUGGAAUUAUGAAACAAGCUAUAGCUUCUUGAGCACGAAAAAGGAAGGAUGAGUACCAAAUGACCAAUAAAAAUCAUAACAUCUUGCCUGAUAUUGUUCAUCGGUGUACUUUCCGUCUCUUCAUCGUCGGCGUCAAUAUCAUCAUCUCCCUUAUCCUCCAUCUGACAAUGCCAGUCUGGAUCGUCUUCCUUUUCAUCUGUUAAAUUCUCUGUAUCCUCCAGUCCAGGGUCUUCCAAACAUUCAAUAUUUUCCACUUCUGUCUCUACCUCCUCCAUGUCCUCUUCUUCCUCUCCUUCCUCUUCUAAUUCUUCUUUACUGCUGCUUGAGUCAUACUAUCACAUAAUUGUGAUAAAGAAAACUGUCACUAAAAAAAACCUUUUGAAUAAAAGAUAGAAACCCUCCACAUGGUACUGCAGUUUUGCACGAGAGGAUGACUUGGUGGUUGGGGAGGGGUAUUUGAGAAUUACUUUCUAUCUUACGUACCAGGAAUAAGAAAUAAAAAAUAGCACUUACAUUUAUUAGUGUGGCUUGUUCUUUCCAUUUUUUCUUCUGAGAGCGUAAUUUCCCGUUUCGCUUCUGCAGGACUCUUACUUGCAUUUUCCGCUCAGCGCACUUUCGGCACUCUCCAAGUGUAGUCUGUGACUGUCUGGAUCUCAUUUUAGGCUUUGCCUGGGUAGCUCUAUUGCAGGCCACUCCCCUCGGUGUCAAGACUAAAAGAAAGCACGUCGUCUUGGUCGGACAAGUCCGACAAGUCACCAUCGUAGCUGAAUUCUCCCUCCUCGUCUUCACGGUCCUCGCAUGAUUGCACUGUACUUGCUGCCCCUGGCGCUCCACUUUACGCUCGGUUUCCCUUUCGAUUUCCGCAAAUGCUGCAAUUGUUUAUAAUUAAGGAGCAAGUUUAGUGGAGAUAUUACUCUUUGUAAAAGCACUUCCAAAUGCUAGGCAUUGCAAAGAACGUCGAGUGAUCACUGAAAGGCCUUUUGUUUCGUCUUACUCGUAAUUUUUAGCACCUCAGUCCGGCCGAGUUGUUGAGGAUUUCCCGAUGAUUUCGAUAAAAAUACACUUCAGUUGAUCAAAUAUUUCGUUAUUUUUUGAUCUUUGUUUUUCUCAAAAACUACCACUGAAACUACCAAAGACAAACAUAACAGGCUUGUUGUGAAAAUUGAAAACACAAUAACUGGAUUGGACACUUACCGCGUUCGAUCUCCUUCGAUCGCGGUCGCUUGGUUCUUUCCUCUCUGGCGCUUUUAUUGGCGCAGUGAAUUGUCGGCACCGAUCCUUUGCUUAACACACGUUUUUCCUGAAACCGCUUGUUGCUUGGUCCGGAGCUCUCGCCGUUUUCCUCGCUUGUUUCGGCAGGCAUUAGGGUGCUUAACCUCAGGCGGGUGAAACAACUCUCGUUAAAGUGCAAUGAGCACAGAUAACUGUAUUCGGUGGGCUCCCAAUCCGGCCUGUGAGUCCGCACAAACUUAACCCAUUGAGCCCUAACUUUUUCAUUUUUGGGGAAUAUGUGCAUCGAAAUGCCAGAACUAUAAGAGUUGUUCGUACAACUUAUUUGACCCGGAGCACCGGCCGCACAAGUCUUGCCUCCACUUCCACGCUUCGCCAUCACAGUGAUCUGACUGGAAAUGUGAAUUCGCCGCGCUCGACGAGUCAACCAUGUGACGUCAUAUGCAUAUUUAAUUAAGGAUCUGCUUGUCGCCCUUUGUGCCGCAAUUUGGCCAUGUUUGUGUUGGAAAAAAAUGCCGAAAACAACGUUUUCCUAGCGUCAAAACUUAUUUUCCUUUUCAAUUAGAUAUUGAACUAAUAAUUUAUUGCUAUUUUUCACUAGAUUAUUUUUGGCUUCAGUAGCACUUUAACGUAUUUUAGUAUUUAACUGGUAGAUAUAGGCAUAUUUUUGUCCCCUAAAAUUUUUUCAUCUUUGUGGAUUUCCUAGCUGACCCGAAAAUUUUAGGGAUUAAAACUUACCUUUUUGAACAUUUCAGCUAGGAAAAAGGCUCCUGGAAAUUGUAGGUGACCUUUUUAGGGUAAAAAAUUCAUUCAAAAUGGGCAAUUAUACCAUUUUUUAGAUGUUCAAAAAUCCUAGGAGAGACAGGCAAGCAAGAAAUUUUACAACAUAUGUUCCGAAAAUUCUAGAUCUCAAAUCGUCUUCUGAAUAGAUAUUUUCCUAAAAUUGACGUUGGGUGCCCCUGGUUAGUGACUGUAAAGCAGCACCAAUACCCUUGUUCUAGGCCCUCAAUUGACACAACGAAUUACGGAAAAUUCUAGGUGACCUUUUUAGGGUAAAAAUUCAUUAAAAAUGGGCAAUUAUACCAUUUUUUAGACGUUCGAAAAUCCUAGGAGAGGCAGGCGAGCAAGAAAUUUUACAACAUGUGUUCCGAAAAUUCUAGAUCUCAAAUCGUCUUCUGAAUAGAUAUUUUCCUAAAAUUGACGUUGGGUGCCCCUGGUUAGUGACUGUAAAGCAGCACCAAUACCCUUGUUCUAGGCCCUCAAUUGACACAACGAAUUACUGAAAAUGUGUUUCAUGUUUCCACUCAACUUGAUUGGAAAAUCAACAAUGGCUUUUUUAAGGGGCCAGUCAUUACUAGUACACUGUCAGGUGGGAACCUAGAACAAGGCCUUUUGGGCUGUUUUAAUUUGCACACUGACUUACGGUAACUUGAAUUUUAGUUGCAUCUCUGGCACAGGUUAGUAUUUAAGGGUCUAGAAAGUUAAAUUUAGAUUGUCUUUUUGUGCAGCUCAUUUUGAAAUUGUGAAAGGUUUAAACCCAGGAGUCAUUUCAUACGUAAGGUAUUCGUAUGUAUUAUAAGACGUGACUGAUUAUCCAAUGGCCGAGAAAAGAGAAAACUCAAAAACAGAAUAGGCCUUCUUUUCCCGUACCGCAGAAGAAAAUGGCGUUUCUUCUAUUUUAAAUUAACCAACCAUGCAAAGAAAAUUUGCCCAAAAAAAAGGGCAUCCGAAAAGAUCACGGAGGCUUCAUUUUCACCAGCAGAGGACUUUACACCAUUGUGAAUGCUACCGCUGAAAUAGAGCUGUUUAAUUUCAGCAAGCCCACAAAUCUAUCAUCGAACAGCCAUACAAUCCCUUGUAAAAUCAAUGUGAACACAUGCAAUGUUUUCAAAGUCUCUGAAUAGCUUUGCAUGGUGAAAUUGAUUCACAAAGGACACAAAAUCUUCCAGCAGCUGCCUCAGGUGAUCUACUAAGCAUUUCUUUUUUUUAUAUUUUCAGCCUAGAAAUGUCUGUGACUAAUAUGGAACGUGUUUUGGCAUCCAAUAAUAGAUGUUGAUGUUCGAUAAUAAAUUCCUUGACCUAACUCACUGUUCAAUAAAUUUUUGUUUUAAAUACUUCCUCUGAAAUGCUUAUUUGACAUACAUCUAAUACAAAGAGCUGAAGUUUUAAGUAUUGACUUGUACAAAAUGUAGAUACAACAAAAGAGAGUCUGUGGCAUAUGCAGCAAGUCGGAUACCUACCAGUUAUGGUGCUACAUUAAGAGUAUUUCAUGAGGUAGGUACUGGUAACUGCACUGACGAGUCAUUUGAAUGCACAUUGUUAUAAAUAUUGUAUUCUAAGGUCCAAAGAGGUUUUCCUUAUAAAAUGAGCACCCAAAUCACUUAUGCCCACUCUCUAUGAGCUUGGUCAAUUCACCCCCUCUAGGAGAGCCACCAAUAACAAUAAAUUAACUGGCAUACUAUGGGUAUCAAGUUUCAGUUUAUGCCCAAAACUAUCCCCAAAAUUACCACAACUUUAACUGAACACAGAUAUCAUGUUAGGUUGUGUGUGUAGCACCCAGGUUAGCAGUGCCAAUCCCCCCCCCCUUACUCCCCAGAGGAAAAAAAGACAUCUUUUUUAUAGUGCAGCACCCCCCUCAGUGAGCAAAGUUCCUUAAAUUGCAAAUACCCAUAGACACAUUAAUUUUUAACAUUCCUUUUGUUCGGAAGUGUCCCUUAAAUACUGGUAUUAUUUUUGAUGAAAUUCAUGGAUGUUUGGUUCAUUUGGUUUCAGAUUAGUCGGCGAGAACCAGAUUUUAAGCCAGAGACUCUACUAGACUUUGGUUCAGGCACUGGAAUGGGAGUGUGGUAAAUCAAAUUUGAAGAUGAGAAUUUAGAUUGGGGCAGGACAUUUACAUUGGUUCCCACUGUUCUUAACCCAGCUCAGGGAUUUGAUAUUAAGCACAAGUUUUGAAAGUCUGUCAACCUCCUUCUGUUAGAUUCUAAAAGUGAGCAGUUCUUGACAGGAAACAGAUCACCAUUGCGCAUAGGAAAAUUCAUAAUAUAAAAAAUAUUUGAGGUUUUGGUCAGGAUGAACAAAGCCGUCUGUUAGGAGGGUUUCUGUACUGCAGAAUUUUACUCUUUUGUAAAUUAUGGAGAAAAAAAUCUUUCAGAUAAAAUAUCAUUAGAUAAAAAAUAAAAAUUUUAGCAUUUCCUGAAAGAUAACAUUAUCUUUUAAUUUUCUUAUAUUAAUAUAAUUGUAGGGCAGCUCAUGAGAAAUGGGGCGACUCAAUCAGGGAAUUUCAGUGUGUGGAUGUGUCGCAGGAUAUGAACAAUGUAGCUGAAUAUCUCUUAAGAGGUAAUGACCGGUAUCUUUGACAUUUAAAUAAUAAGUGUCAGACCUUCUUUGUGGGUAUCUAAGAACUGAGAAUUUGUUGCUCCCUUUGUUAAGAGUCCUUUAGUCUUCCUGGUAAAGUGCAAACAUGUUAUUAUAGAGCUCAACAUUUCACGUCCUACAAAUAAUAACCUCUAAAGAAGUAGAGUGGAACCUCUCUGCAAGGGCCAUGUUGGAGACUACUACUACUACUAUGGCCGAGCAAGAGCAUGCCUCAACCCAGCACGCCUCCUCCAGGUCUCACUAUCCAACAUAGCUGCUCUCAGCUCUUCUGUGCUUUUUUCAUUGGAGAGAGGUACCAGUAUGGGCCCUUAUUUGAGAGGUAGCUGUGUUAGAGAUGUGUAAAAAAGGAGCCUCAACUCUGAGCUUGCUGACAUUUGACAUUUGCAUGAAAGAGUAAAGAAAUUAAUCAGUCAUCUUGGUCCUUAAAAGGGCUCAAGAGGGUUUAAUAACAGAUGCAUUUUAUGGCUGCGAAAAAGUCGAGAAAAUGUUCUGUUUUUGUGAUUUAAAAGACAGUGCAUAUACAGCAGUUAAAGGGAUGCAGAAUUCUAAAUAAUUAUUAGGUUUAAUUAUGUCCCUUUGAUGAAAAUAGACCCCUAAUGACCUUUAUACACCAGUCUAAUACUCUGCUCACUGAGGAUCUCAGUAUGUGCGAGAUGAAUUGCUUGCUGAGUGAGUGAAAUGAUAAUUAUGCUGCAUGAAGAACAUUACAAGCACUAUUCAUUUUUGUUGUUCUUGUUAUUUGACAUUCAGGUGGGGAAGGACUCAAUAAGUCUCUUCACAUUCCAAGAGUGUAUUUCAAAAGAUUUUUACCUGUUUCCAAUUUGGUAAGUUUAUGCGGAAAUAAAUUUAAAUUUCAAUACUUAAUUAUCCUCUUCCCUUUUAGGGCUUUUCAGGGACAAUGAAACAAACAAUUCAAAUGGUGGAUGACAAUCCCAGCUGGUAGACGAAAAACCACCUGGCUAUUUUACAAGUGGUGAUGAUGAUGAUGAUGAUGAUGAUGAAUUAUUAAUAACUUGUAUUACCUGAUGUCUACUUUUAUGUACACAGAUCACCUAUAAUGUCGUAGUAGCCUCCUAUGCUCUAAGUGAAAUUCCAAAGGUUUCCCUGAGGCAAAUGGCCGUUAGAAGCUUAUGGGGAAAAACAAGCGACUUUUUGGUAAGUUUAAAUCGUUGUCCGGUUUUUGUUGUUGUUGUUGUUUUUUUUGGGCAAAAUUGAGGCUUAGAAUGCUUUUAUUUGUAAUUGGUGGUUUCAAACGGCGACCGGAGACAUAAUUACCAUCACAGUUAUACUCUAAAUUGCGUUUUAAGACUUGUUGGGUGAUCUUAUGCAACCACAAAGGCAACGGCGGUGAGAACAUGAAAAUCAAUAGGAUUUAAAAAGGAUUUAUGCACGUGCAUCACACUUUUUGUUACAUUUCUGUGCUGCCAUUACACGAUUAGGCCUUAAAACUUCCUGAUGGGACGUUUUGACAAGGACAUAAACAUUCGACGACGAAAUUGUCUUUCCCUAAAUUGAAACUUGUAUGCGUCCUGUAUAAAGGCGUUAUCGUCAGAACAAUUCUUCUGCUCAUGCCCAUUUCAAAUAUUGACCUAGUUGGGGGAAGGGGGUGGCAGGGGGAUUCAAACUUCCCACCUCCCAGUCCCGUAGCUUCCUAGGUCCCAUUCCUUUUUUUCUUUGCUUCCUCCCUUUAGCCCUUUUUUGGUUCUGAAAUAUCAAGCAUUUUUGCAUAGUUUUCUCCUAUCUCUCUCGCUCGUCGCCCUUUAAGCUUCGUCACCUUUCGCUCGUUCCUCCCCCUCCUUAUGUACCUUUCUCGUCCCCAUUCUCCCCAGUUGAUGCUAUUCAUUAGAGAGAUUAAGAUUCACGUUUACGCUAAACGGCAGACGUGAAUUUGUACCACGUGACCAAGUUUCCCCCCUAUUUUCCGUUUACUAUUGCUUCUACACAAAACUAAGUAGUUUUACGCCAGUUUUAACCAUAGUAAUCGUCCGGGACUGUUUUUAUCUGCUUAUUUUCUAUUUUAAGAAAUUCUCAACUCGAGUCUGAUUUUUGCCGUUUGCGGUAAACGUGAAUCUUAGUGUCUCUAUUGUCGCAACCUUCCGACGUUACUAGAAAUGGCUGUAUGCUAACACUCACUAGUGACUCUGUAGCAUUCAUCAAGUGAUUGGAAUCGUCCGACAAGAAGGGGGCAGAAUUCUCCCCUUCCCUCCCCGCCUUACCCCGCCCCGCCCCCAUCAUCCCUCUCAGCCUAGACAAACGAAAUAUUUUCUGUUCUGAAGGGUGCUUAAGAAGUGUUACUUCAUAAAAACGUGAAUUUAUACUUGUUUUAGGUCAUUAUUGAACAUGGGAAUUCUGAAGGAUUUGAAAUAACAUCUGAUGCUAGAACUCUAGUCCUCAAGGUUGGCGCAUUUGAACAUAUUUAUAUAGAUAUUUGCGCCUUAUAAGUUUUGAAAUUAAAUUAGUUAAAUUAAUUAAGGUAACUUGGCCACGCCCAAACCGACGCAACAACUCCCAACAUUGUUGGUCCAAGAAUGUUAGUAGUUGUUGGAUUGUGUUGGCAGUGGUUUGAAGACGGAUGUAACAAAACCCAACUAUGUUGGGACUUGCAGUACAUUAUGGCUUAAAACUGGUAAGUUACCAGAAUUCGAGCGACGCUUAUUAUGUUCAAGGAGGCCAUUUGUCUUGCGCUUGUUUGGCCCAACCAGUCCAACAAUCUUGGAAGAGCUGUGCAGAAGGAUCUUUUGUUGCGCUACAUUUAGGCGAUCACGAACAAAAGAAAUAUUGUCGGGUAGUUGUUGGCUCAUAAGUUUGAGCGGUAGUAACCGAAGGUUGCGGAGUGCGGGCUUUAACGAUGGAAGGUCAAAACGCUCUUGCUGUAACGCUGCCGAUUGCUUACGUUUCACGUGACAGAUGGUCAAAACACCGGUGAUCAGAUUACGACUGAUAGAAGGUCCGAACGCGCGUCAGAUCAGAUUGCGUUCUGCGCAUUCCAUUCAUUCUUAGUGGCUAUGUACGUGCCGUGCAUGCGUAUAAGCAACGUGAAGAUCAGGGUUGCGGGCUCCUCUUGCUGCCCGCAAUAAAUAAUUCUUAACUAGUUGUGAGUUAUAAUUAAACGUCCGCUAAAGCACACCAAACUCCGGUCCCGCGGGAAAUUCAUCGAUAAAACCGUGCAUUGAUUUUGACUUCCUGUAAGUCGUCCCUUCUUAUACUUCAAAGCGAUCUUUCUUCUCGAGGUCGGUUGAAAGUAACAUCAAUUCCCUUAAGAGGACAGUAAAGCAAAACUACCACAAAAAGUCCUUAUAUUCUCUGUUUGAACAGAAAGCAAAUUGUAACAACUGUAUGAUUUUGUUUACUAAAGAUGGAUGUAGUCUCUCUCUUUAUAGUUAUAAGUCAACAGCUUUUGUAGGGUGGAUUUCCACUGUCGCGUAUUUUUUGCGUGCGGAAAUGAAAUAGAGGCAAUGUACAAAAGGUCGCGUGUAAACGUAAAAGUUUUCGCUUAACCUUUGCGUUUACAGGCAACACUUCAUACAUUGCCUCUAUUUUAUUUACGCGCGCGUGCGCACGCGGGUAAAAAUCACGCGACAGGAGGAAAUCCACCUUUACUCCAAUUUUUAUUCCUGAGUUCUUGUAAUAGUGAUCGCUUGAGGUUUAUCCAUCCUUCAAAGCAGGAAAACCUGUUCCUGGCCCCGAGGGUGUCCGCGUUUGUGGGAGAUAAGUAUUUGUAUAUUUUGUUGGGAAAAGCUAAAAGUACAAUUUUCAAAGUAGUCUUACGAUUCCAAAUGGAUUAAUUCGUAUCAUUAGUUUUAUAAAAUUUCUGUAUUCACGUUACAGGAGGGAGGGUAUGAAACUGCAGAAGGCGAAACUUCAGCAAGUGAGUAUAAAUCUUAUGUUUUAUUAGUUGCUUUGAGAAAAGUGAGUUUCUCCAAUAACAAAGCCUAUUUGAAAUGAAUGCUGUCACGGUGAUGAGAUUUGUAUCAAACAGUAUUUGUGUUGCUUGUAGAUGAAGAGCAUCAGUUCUUCGACCCGGCAGCUGAGGAAAUGGAGAAGGGUUUCGUUUUUUCUCCUGUAAGUUUCUUUUAAAGUCAUCUACCGUUUUCCUCCAAUAAGCACCCUUACCCGAAACCGUAAUAUCAAACAACCGCCCCUCUCGAAUAAGUGCCCCCCUCCCCCUCACUUUAUUUGAUGCAAGGAAAGCCUGUACUUAUUCCACUUUAUUAAUGAGAUAAAAGAUAUUUGAUAGCGAUGAUAUUUUAUGAGAUAAUCGAUAGUUAAUUUAAUAUUAUAAUAUAUAAUUAGAAACUCAUAAGGGGUUGAAUCAACCCCUAAUGAGUUUCUGAUAUAAUAUAAUUAAUGAGAUAAUCGAUAUUUGAUAGCGAUGAUAUUUAAUAGACAUGCAUGCUGAUACACCUGCAUCUUAAUUGUCAGGAGCAGUGUAUAAUGUAACCUGAGAUCAGGCCCAAUUUAAGCAGCUUCCAUACUUUCUCUCUUACGUGGUCGCGCUAAAAUCGAUUCGCCUUUCCCUCCAGAAUUUUAUUUAAAAAGCGAAACGAAAAUAGAGCCUGAUCUCAGGUUACGUAUAAUGGGAAUACGAUUCGCUUGAUUACCAACCACUGUUUUAACAAAUGAGAGACCUGAAAAUUGACUAAGCGUUUCAAGGAUAAUGUUGUAGUCUUUGUUUUCCUAUUAAAGAUUUAGCCAAAAUAAAGUUACAGUUCGUUGAAAGGAAAACUUAAUAAGCACUCCUCUCAAUUAAGCACCCUCCUUCCAAUAAGCGCCCUUUCAUUAAGCACAAAUUUUAAGCGGAAAUACGGUAAAAAUUCCACUGUUUCACUCAUCCUUCUUUCAUACCUUCUUGAAGAAGGCAAGUAACAUUGAUGGGUAAUGGUCGGCGAUGGGAAAGGAGACAAAGUUUAGAAGCAUUGUCGUAGUUAGUUCCUUACAAAAAAUUCAUCUUAUAACCUACCUUACUUUUUCUAGUGUCCUCACGAUGUCGAGUGUGCAAGAUCUGACGCGGAAACAAGAGACCAUCCAUGUAACUUCGAGCAAAGAGUUCAACUGGCCUUCUCCCAGGUAAUGUGUCCUCAUCCUUAACCCAUUCGACCCUGGGAAUUUCUUUUUGAAGAUAGUCGCGCCGUUUUCUGGUCACUGCCUUGCCUUUAAGAGCUAAAACGUACCAAAAAGCCGUUUACCGGUCGAACACUGUGCGGCCUACUUUUCCAGAUUAAAAAAUAUUGCUUUCCGAAGGUCGGUCAUGCCGAAGUGACACAACAAUCUCGAGUUUUACCUUUUACUUUCCUUUCUCCCCUCUUUUUUCGCUUUUCUUUUCUUUUUUUUUUUUCGCUGGAUGCUUACUGGUUUCGUUUUGACGGGGAACGUUUUUUGGAAAACCUUCAGGAGGAAAGAGGUGCGGGCGGGUAGUGGAAAACGAUUUUCAUAGGAAUUUUUGGGUCAGCUUAGCUAUUGUUUUUUGCCUUUUUGGUGAAUCAGCGCCUUGGCUGAUUGGAUCUGAUUUAUGUUUCCAACAGAAAAAUACAAGGUUAAAGAAGUACGGAUUUCACACGGAGAGAUUUUCGUACAUAGUUCUUAGAAAAGGUCAAAGAGAUCCAGUCGGUAAGUAAACAGGGUCACUGCAACAGCGCGUGGCGCCACUACGUGGGCUUGUAACAGUCCCUCCCUCCAUGAGAGAUAGACCACCACACCUCGGACUACGUCCCCAACUCUCUUCGAACAGUGGGUGGGUUCUUUAUCGUCCCACAGGAUUUACAUGUGUAAGGGUUGUGAGACGGGGCCUACGGUUUAUCGCCCUUAUCCGAGAAUACUAGAAAGUCUAGCCGUUUGCAGAUGUAUUUACCAAGGCAGCACUUUCUCCUCAGUUAUUUAAAGACUCUGAGUACAGUGUUGGUCUGGCCGGGGUUUUAACCAACGGCCUCCCGCUCGGCAGGCCGGCGCUUAUCCAAUUGAGCUAACUGGGCGGCAGUUUACCUUCUGAUUGGUUUCAUAUUUUUUUUUCUUUUUUUUUUUCAGAGAAAGCUUGGCCGCGUGUCUUGCAACCCGUGAGAUUGAGAAGGAGACAUGUUAUUUGCAAGCUUUGCUGUAGCUCAGGUACGUUUGCGUUUUAGCAAGGGCUGUAGACAAAAUGUCAAAUUUCACAAGAAUUGUGAAAACACAGGUAAAAUUCUGAAAAUUUCAUGUGUAAGAUGUCAUUUUGGGAAAUUUGACAUAUUAUUAGAAAUUUUCUUUGGUGUUAUUACACAUAACUAAUUACAUCUAUAGCCCCUGAAAAAUGUAAAAAAGAAUAUGAUAUCGUUUAAAUUAUUCUGGCACAAGGGUUUUGUCCACUGAAAAUUAAAAUUACUCAGUUUCCUGAUGGAUUCUGUCUUAAACCAACUGCUCAGUUUCUUGAAAAAUGAUACCCUAUUCUAGACCGAAACUCCCCGAUGUCUACACCCUACUCCAGAAGAAGCCGCUUGAAAACCAUACCCGUCACAUAACUUUAUAGCCCAUAUAUGGCAGUACCCCUCGCCGGGAAAAAUGGUUAAACCUAGCCUGUUGUUUUUGAUUUUAGGUGACUUAAAGCAAAAGAUAUUGACCAGAAAGAAGGAUAGGUUUGUAAAUAUUAUAUUAUUUUUCAAAAAUACGGUAACUCCAUGCGAGCCAACCAUUCGAGUCCUAAGGAUUUAGCCUGGCAAAAUUUAAGUUCAAGCAAAACAUGGUAACCAAAGAAAAUAGGACACUUUUGCAUAUACGUUAUUUUUCCAUGAUAACUCCAUGAGACAAACCAUUUGACCUGUAUGGGUACCCACAGGAAAAAAAGUGCAGACCACUGGAUACUGGCAGUAAAGAUUUUCCCUGCCAAAAGUUAACUACAGUCCAUCAAAUCGGACAUAAAUCUCGUACCCAGAUCGCUUGUUGACGAAGCCGACUGUCAGUGUGUCAAGUCAGUUAAAUCCUAUUUGUGUAGUUUUUCCAGCUACUCACUAAGGUUGCGUCCUACUGGCAAAUAUGGAUUGAGAUUUAGAAAUCCGUAAUCCCUGGAUCACCCUUUUUACCGUUUUAUUUUAAGAGAAAUCCGUAAAAGGAUAGUGAAAACCUGUUCUCGCCUUCUCGUGAACAGUGGUCUUGAUGUGAGCACGUACGAGACCACUGUUCUUGAGGACAUUUUUCCAUUCCUUUUUAGUAUUUCCCAAAAAAAAGAAAUGGAUAGAAAGAAAAUACAAGGGCAGAUUUCUUGGCCUUUGAAUCCGUUUCUGAAUUUCGUGUUUAAUUGUAAAUCUGAAGUCCACAUUUCAAAAUUUAAAUCCACACUGUGGAUGUAGAUUUUGAAAUGUGGGAAAGUUUCCCAAACGAACACAUCCUAAGAAAGCCGUUUUUUGUGUUUUCACGCAUCGCUUUCCCCCCACAAAUGUGCUGAGGUCAGACCACACAAAUGUACCAAGUCCGAGUUGCCUUAAUCAAGUUUCUGUUUCAAAGCGAGGCUAAGUGCAAAGCUGUUUAUACGAAAAUGCUUUUCAUAUUCCCAUGCAAAUACAUGUAAACCUCAUUUUCACAAGAAAGGUUUAACAGUUUUGAAAGUGAGAGUGUUUGGAACUUGGAAAUGACCUGUUGAUGUGGUUUUCGUUUUUUUUUUUUCCAGCGACAUUUACAAGUGUGCUCGGCACUUAACAAGGUGGGGUGACUUGUUACCGGAUCCAGAAGAUAGGCAAAGACCAGUGAAAAACAGGUCAACUCUUCCGAAAGAAGUCAGUUCUUCUCAAUAA